AUGGCCAACGAUCUCUUCAUCCUCGUCAAGCAGGACCGUGAGAACCUUGCCAACCUCACCCGAGGCAUCGCUCAGGCCGGCCCGACAACCGCGCCCGACGAGCCAAUGAUGCCACCAACCUGGCCCGAACACCAGGUCUCUGCUGCCGGUCAAGCUCAACAGAGUGGCCAGCAGGUUAUUCAGCAGCCUAUGACUUGCAGCCAGCAUGUACGCCUGAUUCUCGACACCGCUCAGGAUGUCCUGACUCGCAUGAAGCAGCAGCAAGGUCUGAAGAAGGAUCAGGGAGGAAGCGUUAGUGGUAAUGAGGCCAAGGCUCACCAGAAGGAUUGUGGAUUCAAUGGACCUCGCACCUGUCCCCCCAAGACCAAGAGCGCUGCUGCUUCUGAUCAUCCCGAGCACCGGCCUGCAAUCUAA